GCAUUGCUCUCCUCGGUUGACCGCUUGCAUUUGCUAACGACUACACAAUGCGCACAUUCCUCUUCGCGGCGUCUUGUGUGCUCUCGGCGGCUAAGCUUGUGUCAGGCCAACUAUACUGGAACGAGACAAAAUUCUUGUUCACGUUCGGUGAUUCGUACACGACCGACGGUUACAACAUCUCCGCGGGAGUGAAUUCCCCGGAUCCAGGUUACACGUCUUCGAAUGGACCCAAUUGGGUAGAAUAUCUGAGCGGAACAUACAAUGUGACUGAUACGAAGGUUCUCAACUUGGCAUCCGGAGGUGCAACAAUUGACGCCGCACUCGUUGCGCCGUACUUGCCGACGGUGUUGUCAAUUGUCGAUCAAGUGUCUCAAUUCCAGGAAUAUCUUGCAUCAAAGCCAGCUGGGGCUGAGUGGGACAGUUCCAACAGUCUGUUCGCAAUAUGGAUCGGAAUCAACGAUGUUGGAAACUCGUAUGGCUGGACCAACGUCACGUCGCAAGCCGCCUUCCACACCACCUUGAUGGAUCGCUUGUUCAGCCAGGUCGAGAUCCUGUACCAAGAUGGUGCCCGCUCCUUCCUGUUCAUGACGGUUCCGCCCACGAACCGCGCGCCCCUCCUGAUCGAAGCGGGCCCCACUGCCGUCAACCAGAUCACCGCGGCGCUCGCGGACUACAACGACCAGCUGGCGCGCUUCGUCGACCUCUUCGAGGCGACCCACGAGGGCCUGAACGGCGUGACGUUCUUCGACACGCGCCCCGUCUUCAACACGCUCCUCGACAAUUACGCCACGUUCGGGUACGUCAACAGCACCGGGUACUGCGCGGCGUACGAGAACGGCACGCCGGAGAUGACCACGCAGACGGAGCCCUGCGAGCCUGUCUCGAGCUACUUCUGGCUGAACACGUUGCACCCGCUGUACACCGUGCACAACAUCCUGGCGCACGCCGUCUCGACGGCGCUCAACACCUACUCCUACUAGGUGCGUGCGGCCCCGUGGACAUCAUCAGACUUGGAGCACGGGCGGUAGCGUUCGGUCCGAUCACACAGCUCUAGUCAGUCGGUGUCCGUAGUUAGAUUGACAGGCGGACCAUGGGAUGCAUUCUAGCUAGUACUAUGUUCAGAGAAUGUGCCACUGCUUUUGUGCCUGGUACGGCAAG